AUGGUGGCGGGCGUAUCCCCCUGAAAAAGACCGACAGGUCAUAUUUGUAAUGCAAAAAUAAAUAGACAAAAAAAUCUGUAUUGCAUGCCCUAAACAGGAUGUUAUGGCCUCGCCCAUGACAGAUUUUCCUGUGUAUUUAUUUUUGCAUUACAAAUAUGACCUGUCGGUCUUUUUCUGUGGGAUAGGGCGGUGCGGUGUGCGCGAAAAUGCUAUGCGACUAUCGAGAGUUUAUGGACGCGCGCGGCGCAGCAGAACGUGCCGCAUGGUACGCAACGGAGAGCCGGCGCGAGCUCGCGGAAACAUGUGACGAACUUGAAGAAUGUGCCAGACGUCUAUGGAUUGCAAAAGUGUCUGGGUCUGGAAGAUUGCAACUUGUAAUGCUGUCUUUGGAUUCCAAAAAAUAAAAAUCUGUAUUGCAUGACCAGCAGCAGGACUUCAAGUUGUGUUACGUGGAGAGGGCAUUUCUCAUGCACAAUAGGCAUUAGGAAGCCCUCUAAAAAUCUGUGUUGCUAGAUCAUGCACUAGAGGCAUCAAUUAUCAUACAAAAUAUGCAUGACAGGUCUUCAUUCUUCCAGACCCAGAUAUUUUUACAUUUGAUAACGUAUCGAGCAAAGCCAAAGCUUGCGACCGGGACUGCAGCAACCGUUGGAUUGGUCGCGUUUGUAUCGGCAAGAACCGGCGUUGUAUUGGUGGUGCCAGUUCAGGUCCAUACUAGGGCCCGGGGGGGCGGCGUCUUCGGGACUGCAGCCCCGCGAGCCCCGUGUGCGUGUGGACCAGGGUCGUGAUCUUCCGCCACAGAGACCACACGCAGCCUUUCACGAGAAUCUCAACGCGGAGCUCCAAGCCCUGCCCCCAGCACUGCAGCAGAUGAGGAACGCGACACAGCAGGAACUGCAGGAACGCGCAAGGCAGGAUCGUUGCCUUCGCGAAGAAACGGCAAGGCGGUGGCGUCGUAUGUGUCAAAGCAUGGAAGCCGACAUAGUGCACAGCAUGCGUCUAUCAAAUGUAAAAAUGUCUGGGUCUGGAAGGGUGGGAACUUGUGAUUCAAACUCUGGAACAUACAAAUAUUUGUGUUGCAUGAGCGCCAAAAAGCUGUCCAUUUCUUGGCACGCAAGUAGGAAGUUUCUCAUGCGGGACAGGCAUCACGAGACGUGCUCAAAACUACCUGUGAUGUUUUUGCCUGCAUCAGACGCUAUUUGCGUGAUCCGAAAUAUGCAUGACAAAUCUCACAAUCUUCCAGACGGAGGCACUUUUGCAUUUGAGAGCGUCAGCUUCCCCCGAACAGUCGAAGACUAA